AAGAAUCUUUGGUGUGUCUUUCGCUCAGCUUCUCCCUAUUGCAAUCAAGAGCACAUAUGGGAGUGUAAGAGGCCCGACCAUCGUGCGCUGCCGUUACCGCUCCCUCUUACAGGCGUAAAAUGACACCAGGACUUUUCUGAGCGUCUGGGCUGCAGAUACACAACGAGAGCGUGCUCAAACUACCUUCAAAAUAAAGCACUGGCACGGGCAACAUACGGUUGACCCUCCCGGCGGAAGGAUGUUGGUCUGGGACUUCAUAAUUGCGCUGGCAUACUUUGCCAUUCCGUUGGAGCUGCUCUACUGUUUCCUAUGGUAUCCCUUCCCAGUGAGAGCGAAGCCAGCCAUAUUCUGCUCCCUCUUCGUCUGCUUCAUCACCAUCUGCGGUGGGACGCACCUGGCGAGAGCCUUCGACUUCACUACAGCCGUCCCCAUCGUCACAGCAAUCUGCACCGUCAUAUCCGUCCUGACAGCCUUCAUGCUGCUCUGGCUGAUCCCUGGAGUCUUCAAGCUCGCCAAGGCCUUGGAGCAGGAGCGCGUUGAGAGGCUGAUGCUGGAAAACUUCCAAGGGACCCUCACUGAGGCUGCGGAAGGGCCGGACGACAUCAAAGCAACCCUGAACAUCAUCAGAGCCGUGCCGCACUGCUCAAACCGCCAGUUGCGCCUUCUGACGGCGGCAAAGUCUAGCUUAUGCCGCAUGCUUGCAUCAGACCACGUGGACAUCGUCGGUAAAGAGGGCCUCAAGGAGGUGCCUGGCAAGGUCACCGUGCCAAUAAACCAGCUAUUUGUCAUAGUUCUGGACAAGGACGUCCAUGCCAAGCACAAAGAGAUCCUGGAGAAGCUGAGCGGUCAGAUAGCACAUGCGUUCAUGGAAGCCGGGGACUUGAUUUUGGAAUGAACUGACUUCAGGUCUCGAGCCAUGUGAUGCACAAUAUCGUGCAGCAUGUGGUAUCACAGCCUGCACAGCUGAGCUGUGCAGUGACAACGCAGUGUACUUGGUGUAUAGUGUUGUGCUGAUCUAUUGAACACCUCCUGUCUGGAUGAGAUGUUGGCCCAUCAGGGCCAAAUUUCCCAGUCACAUCAUGCUGUAGGUGACUUGGAUCCACUGAUAAGUGCUGCACCGAAUUUGUGGUAUGAAUGAGCUUUCAUUCAUAGCACAAGAUUCUAAACUUUUGCCUUGCAGGUUGAGGUAUUCAGGCUCCAAAGGAGAUGCAGGUUGCAGCGAGUAGCAGUAUUUGAGUGUUUUCAGUUCAUAGCACUGUGCCAUUCUGACAUUGUAAUAAGUAUAUUUUCGG